GCGAGGGGCAAUGUGGCAACGAUUUGCCUCGACGCAUCUCGACUCGAAAGGCAUGACACCAUGGAACACAUCAAUUUUGACUGGCUGGAUGGCGAUUCUGCUUUGAAUUAUGCAACCCCUGAAUUCUUGACUACCGACAGCCCCGGAAUCGGCCCAGCAGCCGAACGAGCCAGCCCAGUGGCCGAACAGGCCGAACAGCAAAAUGGCGAACGUCCAUUACCACUUCUCCGACUGAGUGGUUGGGAAAGUAACAAACAGUAUGACAAGAAUAGCCCCGAAUGUAUCCACUAUGACUUUCGGUGGAAGGUCUCCCAACGUGAGAAUAUCAGAGCUAGGCAUGUUUGUUCAGACACAGAUCCCGACCUCGUCCUGGCUCCGAGCGAUUUUUGGAGAGUCAACUUCAAGACACGACUUGAAACCCUUCUGAAAGACAAGGACAAGUUUCCAGGAGAUGCAUAUACGUGCGAAGAAACGAUCAUCGAUAUUUCCAUCGAGCGAAGCCGUCAGCGCGGUUUAAAAAAACGAUUCAACAACAUGGAGAUCGAUUGGAAGGUGGUGGACGGCCACCUUGAAGGCCUUAGUGCCUUGUUUAGUAAGAGGAGGAAGAUAACCUUCAGCAUUGAGUUUAUUUACAAGGAAGUCGCAAGUGACCCCACGAUAGCAAAAGGCAAGAAAAAGAAGCAGAGCGCCACUGAGGCUCAAAAACUUCAGAGGGCCGCCGAGGCUGGUCUUUGGGCCCGAGUCUACGAGCGUCAUCGUUGCAGAGGCAAGCACUGCAAGCAAGGACCCCACUGCUGGCCAGACGAACGAGGAAAUCACCAUAGGCUCUUGCCAAGGCACCUUGAAGACCUCGUCCGCCACAUCAAAGGGAACAUGAAGGAAGGAGAGAAAGAAGAGGAUGUCGACGUUAAUAUCGAGAUCCCACCCAGAAUCCUCAAGGACGUUUUGGAUAACAACCGCAAGCGGAAGCCGGAGGACUCCAUCGGCUGUCGUAACUGUAAAACCCAUGUCUCGGCCCACAGCGGGCAUCACGAUGCGGCCGGGGCGAGCCUUGAAGAUGUUACGGAUGUGGAUGGGAAUAGAAAGGACAAGCUUGAGGAGUACUGCAAUUGGACGCUGCAGCAAGUCAAGAGCGACAGGUGGAGAGAGGCACUGCAGGCUGCGAAUCAGUUUGCAUUGGAUCAAUUCCUGGAACUGAACUCCAUCCUGCAGCACCCCACCCUCGCCGCUAACUUGAUGAUCAAGGGCGGGGUGAAGCCAGGCAUUGCACUGCAAUUCGUGAGCAACAUUAAAAAGUUCCAGCUCUUGCGCGUAUGCUGGGAGAAUAUGCCAUCUUCUUCCGCGACCGAACUUCGUAAUCUGGACAGCGGAGGAACCCUUCGGAGACCAGCCCCAACGCCGGUAUCCCGCCCUUCUAUCGCAGCCAGACUCAUCAACAAAGACAAGUUGGUAGGACUCGUACUGCGAUAUCCUAUGUAGAUAGUAGUCUCGAAGGUCGGCAUCCCGUUGCUGUGCGACGCGGCGGAUCGUUUUCCUCGUCCAGCCACUUGAUCGCAGAGCCCGGCCAAUCGACCGCUCGGAUAUCCUCCUCCCGAACCUACGAUGGAGGAAGUCUGCCAUCUCGCACCGAUACAUGUACGGCUGCUUGAUCAGCAUAUUGCAGAGGGCUUCCCGCAUGGGUGGUGUCAUGCAGCUGCGGCGGCCGACGCGGACUAUUCUUCGGGUGGGCACCUCGGACUGUUGUCUCUCCCGACGGAUUCUCUGGACGGCGCGCACGGUACACGGGGCUUCUGAUGCUAUUAGCUUUGGACGAGGCGGGGAAGG